UUUCCCUAGAAAAAUUUAAGGGCGAAAAGAAAAUGCACGUUCAGCUCAAGAAGUUGAAACAAUAAAAGCAAGGAAGAAAACCCGCGCCUCACUGAGCCGGUGCUGUUGCAAUUGCUUGUUUUUCAAUUUUUUUUAACUUUUUAAUCCUUCUUCUUCUUCUUCUUCCUUGCCUGUAAGUACUAACUGUAAACACUUGAAUGGAUUCAAUAGUGUUCCCUCUAAAAGUAAACUCUUUUCUCCUAUUUUCCUCUCCUAUGCGCCAUCGUUUCAGUUUCAAAGCCUCUCAAGUUGCCGCUGUUAGAAAACAAUCUCACAAAAUUCGCUGCGAAUUCGAACCCAAACUCAAUAAUGGCUCUCUCUUUCCUGAUUCCGACUCUCGUUUCCUCGACCGGCAAAAAGCAUUGGAAGCAGCAAUGAAUGACAUAAAUAACUCAUUUGGAAAAGGAAGUGUUACAAGAUUGGGAAGUGCUGGUGGAGCACUGGUUGAGACUUUUCCCAGUGGCUGUUUGACACUAGAUUUUGCUUUAGGUGGUGGCCUUCCGAAAGGAAGAAUUGUUGAGAUAUUUGGACAAGAAAGUAGUGGCAAGACCACUCUGGCACUCCAUGCAAUUGCAGAAGUUCAGAAGCUUGGUGGCAAUGCAAUGCUUGUUGAUGCAGAGCAUGCUUUUGAUCCAGCUUAUUCGAAAGCAUUAGGAGUGGACGUAGAAAAUUUGAUUGUCUGCCAACCUGAUAAUGGUGAAAUGGCGCUAGAAAUUGCAGAUCGUAUGUGCAGGUCCGGUGCUGUAGAUCUUAUCUGUGUUGAUUCUGUAUCAGCUCUUACUCCGCGGGCAGAGAUUGAAGGUGAGAUUGGGAUGCAGCAAAUGGGUUUGCAAGCACGUCUUAUGAGCCAAGCACUGCGUAAAAUGUCAGGAAAUGCUUCAAAAGCUGGUUGUACUCUCAUUUUCCUUAAUCAAAUAAGAUAUAAGAUUGGUGUAUAUUAUGGGAAUCCAGAAGUGACAAGUGGAGGAAUUGCUCUAAAAUUCUUUGCCUCAGUUCGUCUUGAAAUACGUUCUACUGGGAAGAUAAAGUCUGUCAAAGGAGAUGAAGAUGUAGGGCUUCGAGUUCGUGUAAGAGUGCAGAAAAGUAAGGUUUCAAGGCCAUACAAGCAAGCCGAGUUUGAAAUUAUAUUUGGGGAGGGAGUGAGUCAGCUGGGUUGUGUUCUGGAUUGUGCUGAAAUGAUGGACGUUGUGGUAAAGAAGGGUUCUUGGUAUAGCUAUGGGGACCAAAGAUUGGGACAAGGAAGAGACAGAGCAUUACAGUACUUGAGAGACAAUCCCCAUCUUCAUGAAGAAAUAGAAAAGAUAGUCCGGUCUAUGAUGGCAGAUGGAACAGUAAAUACCAGCUCUUUUUAUUCAAGGAACUCACCAUUGCCUCGUCAAGAUGAAAAUGCUUACGAGGAGAUCUAAUUUUGGCCUAAGAGUUCACAGGCAGGUACAGUUGACAUGUUUUCCUUCACGGUCAAGUACUAUGCACAAGCAGUUUUGAUGUAUCUUGGUCCACCCAAUUCCAAGGGUUAUAUUUAUGGAUUUUUUUUUUUUUUUUUUAAAUUCCUAGAGGUUAAUAUUGUUACUCGUAAGAAUGGCACCAGAGUAAAAAGAAAGGAAAAAACUCUAUUCUUGCA